CCCGCCCCAAAGUCGCAGCUUCUCCCAAAACUAUUUUCUCGCACCUUCCACAACAUAUCCACGCCAGGCUCUUCCACACCAUAUCCACCUUCUCCCAAUCAACUAAAUGAGACCUUGGCAUUCUUCACAGUCAAUUCGCGGUCGGUGGAGGAAGGUGGGUUCGGUACUCAGCCUGAGAGUGUUUAUCUGAUGUAUCACAGUCGCGAGGUAUGUAGCUACUAUUUUUAGCUCUGAGAUCAAUUUCAUACUUUUUUCUUUAUCUGUUUGAAUAUGGAAAGAGUUGUAACCAUGGUUUUCAUUACUGUUGCUGAGGGAGGGUCUCCAAAGCUUAUAGUUCUGCAUGAAGAGGAUCGAGACUUCUAACUGGGAAAGAAAUGGAGUCUUGGCAUUUCCACACCGUAGCUACCUUCUCCCAGUCAGCUCAUACAUCGAGAAGAAGCUGGGGACAUGCUCUGAGAAAUCGGCCGACUGGAAUAAGAUAAGUUUUUCCAAACUUUUUUGUCUUUAUAUUUUCAGAUCUGAUGUUUCUUCAAAUUUAUGUAGCUAUUGUUAUAUAUUAAUCAUGUAUAUUAAUGUAAGUAUAUUGUCUCACGACUUUGAGAUCAAUUUUCAUGAAACUUUUUGUCUUAAUAUUUCAAAUAUCACAUACUACGUAUGUACUUAGAUCUGUUUGGAUAUGAUGUUACGAAGUUACUUCAGAUUUUUACGGAUUUUAUAUUAUUAAAUUAAAUUGUAUCGAUAUGAAAUGUCUUGAAAAUGCAUUUGUGACUUUCAAAAUCAGGCUGUAAUUGCAUUGCUAUUUCUGAAAGAAUAAGAUACCUACCCUAAAUUAUACUACGUACUUUUUUAAUACUGGAUCAAUUUCUUUCAAAGUGUUCAAGAUAAAGCCAAUCUCAAUUAUUGUGGGUUGUGAAGAUCGAAAUACUUAGAUUUCUCAUCAUUGGUCCUAAUUUCAUUUUAGGCUUGGCUACGGUGGAAGUAAAAGAACAUCAAAGAAGAGAGAUCCCUAUAUAAUGGCUGAAGCAUUGAUUAAAAACUUAACAGGUUGAUAUAAACUAUAUUAUUUAUUCACCUUUUCAUGAAAUAAACUGUUUUUUAGAUACGCAUUCAAUCUUCACAUUUUGAUUUAGUUGAAAUCAUUAUGUGUUAAACCUAAUGUAAUAAUUCACUUAAUCUUUACACAUCUUAAAAAAUUCAAAAAUUAACAUGGUUAAUUGCUUAUACCCAUUGAUUUUAUUGAAUCUGAAAUAUUGUGAAAUUCCAAACUAUAUUAUUAAACAUAUUGAUCCAAACAUGGUUUUGAACAAUGAAUUUUUGAGAAAAUUUUCUCUUAAAAAUAUAUAAUUUAUAUAAUCUAAAUUUAAUAAAUAAAUCUUCUUAUGUAAAGUACAUAUUAAAUAUACAUAUACGUUCUUAUAUAUAUUGAUAUAAUAAUCAAAAGGUUGAGGUCAAGUCCUUGAUUUCAACCCCCAAUUCAUGGUUUAUUGAUUCAUAUUUUGCAAUUAUAAUUAGACAUACGGAAAUAUACCAACCUAGUUUGACUAUUUAUUUAUAUUUUAAAAGUAACUCUAAUCUCAAGUUUUGUUUAUAUAUGGUAUCCAAACCAAGAAUUGGGUUUCACAUUUUGUUGCGUAUAUAAGUUCAGUUUUACAUUACGCACUUGGUUUUAGAAAGAACGGUUUCAAAAUUAAUCAAAGCUUUUGGCUUACAUUGAUUAAUUUGAAACGCUUCUUUGUAAAAUGCAAUGAAUAUUAAACAUAUGAUCUUCACAAUUUAUUUAGAAACUUUCAAAUAUCAUAGUUUAUAAUCACAACAGUCUGUCUUUACUAAAUCAUACAUACUCUAGAAUCCCUUUAAAAUAUUGUUCAAAUCCAUGUUUCUUAAGCAAUAUUUGUGAACGUACUUUCCUGCAUCGUUGUCAACCAUUGAUGUCUUGUACUGUGGCUGAAAAUGAUAUUGAAUGCACAAUUUGUUCCCUUGUACGUCAGUAACGUUACAUGAUCCUUGAACGCACCAAGCCUUUCUGGACAAAUUGUAGCAUGAAUUUUGUCACCGUACCCUAUCAAAAUCAAGAGUGUGAGUAGCUUAGUGACUGUAAAAUUUUGAAACUUAUACCGUUAACAAUGAGUUUUCAAUUACCUCACGAUCAUGAAACAGCAAUAGUUUAGAACCGGAAUGAAACACUAAAUCUAAUAAUAAUGAUCUAAAGUUAAGAGACGAAAGAAAAGGUGUAGAAGUAUACUGCUAUGCGUGCUUUCUGAGAUUUGAUAUGAUCUUGAAUUCAUUUUUGUCGCAGCAUAUAUAAAAUGAUCCAUGUGGGGUAAAAGUCAUAAAACUGCAAUGAGCAACUGCUUGUUACUGACGUGCCAGUUGAGAUGUAACUACCCCAUUAUUGGGCUUCGAAUGUCCUAAUAUUUGCCAUGUGGUUGCAGCUGGGAAUUUCCAGAAAAUGAACCGUUAUUAUUUUGUGAAAGAAUCUGUAUUGUGUUUGUAUUUAGCCAUCUGUUGACACGUGUAAUAUUUUGAUGGCAAGAUUGCACCUGAUUGUUUUCACGAUUCUGCUUUUAUAUAUAUAUAUAUAUAUAU